CGGCAUAGCUGUUUGAUGUUGGUAUACGGCUGUGUCACUUCGAGCCAGCUCAAUCCACCGGCUUUCUGCGAUUGAAGUUUGAAGAUUUGCGGACGCUCCCGUAACGAAGAAAAUUCGGAUCGCUCCCGUAACGUUUUCGCCGGGAGAGGGCGCGCCUGACAGCUGUCAUUGCGCGCUUUCUUCACGGGCGAGACGUGGGACGAAAAUCUUUAUUUUUAUCACACACGACGAUGUUCCCGUAGAGUGCGACCGGCUGUGUACGUGCGUGACGAAACGAUACGAAAACACGACGACAGAAUGGCGAACGAGGAGGUGUUGGGUCCGCGGAAGACGAUGUUCGUACUUGUGAUAGUUGUUGGGUGUUUCGCUGUGUUGUGGCCUAGGAUCCUGUCGCCGCUGAUCCUGGGCGCCGGCCGGGAGCAGCUGAAGCCGAACCAGUUCGACCGGGACGCAGGAUGUUGCGAGGUGCUGUUCGAAACCGACAUGGUAGUACUGGAGUUAAUCAACGAGGUCUGCAGCUCAGCGGUGCAGGCUGACGGGAAACUCAACCCUUACGCGGCGGCCGAAUGUCGGAAAGCUGUCAACGAGACCUGUGGAGUGGACUUAGCAGCCUUCCUCAAACGUAACGAGAACGUUGGGAAGACGUCUAAAAUGUUAGUCGAGACGAUGAAGAACAGCAACAGCUCCUGCCUCAAGGAGCACUUCGGUGUGCCUGUCUGGAGUCUCGGCGUCCACUCCUCGCAGAACUCUUGGACUUUACAAGACACUAUCAAACAAGAGCGUCCUGCGAUCCGCGGCGCGGGACCACACCCUGCCCUCCGCGAGAGGGGCCGAGCGAUCCCCCCUGGAGCACCCCCAGCCCCCACCAGGAGUCCCGUGGUGAUGCCUCCUCACGCCAGGGUACGAUCCUCACCGCUAUCAGGGUACUAUGAACUGGAUAUCAAGCCUCCCCCGAUCCCCGGCAUGCGGCCCCCGCUCGGCUCGCCCGGCGGCCCCGUGCCGACCCCCAAGUCUUCCAUGGGCUUCGUGAUGCCCAUCUACACUAUCUGCAUCAUCGUGUUCUUCGUCUACACAUUGAGCAAGAUUCUUUUCAAACGUACCGGUACAUCGCCGUAUGAGACAAUCACUCCAGACCCACAGUUCAGGAGACGAGUCUUCAGGGACGACUCCAGAACAACCCCUGACAAAUUGGGACCAAAAGAGCGGGACACAAGGGACGUGGAACUGGAAGCGCUGAGAGCACGCCUGGCGGAGACAGAGCGCGCCAUGCAAAGGAUCGUCAGCCAGCUGGCGCAGCGCGACGCGGAUGUGCAGGAUAAUCAAACUCGCCCAUACACGAACGGGACAAUCUUACACAACAGUGGCCCGGUACACAUAGUCGCUAGCGAAUAUCGGGAGCCAUCGAAAAAGAGCGUUGAAGAGAAACAGAAGGAAGAGUCUCCAGUACCUGAAGAAAAAGAAGUAGCUUCCCCGGCUACCAAGGAAACCUCCCCAGAACCACAAUCCAAAAAAGUAGUAGAAACACAACCAGAACAAUCUGACUCCACACCUGAAACUAAGCUUGAAAAAACACAGACUGAACCAACGAAAGAAACAGAAAGCACAGAACUAGCCAAAGAAGAUGAUAAAGAAAUUUCACCAGAAAAGGAAACACAACCAGCAAGCUCUCAGGAACAAAAAGAAAAAUCGCCAGAAAAAGAGUCUCUGACGAAAGAGGAAGAUGAACAAGAGGAGGAGGAGAUAGAGGAAGAAGAAGAGGAGGAAGUAGAAAUAGAAAUAGGAUCAGAAGAAGAGAGUCCAGAAAGGGAACUGAGCAAAGAACCAGCUUUAGUACCUAAUUCUGUUUCCAAAGAUGUGCGUGAUCGUAAAGGAAAGAAUGGAGAUUUGAAGCAUACAGAAGAUUUCUUGAGAGAAGAGUCGAAAGCGUUAGCAGAAGAGAAGGAGAAGCAAUCGACGCCGGAGCUGUUGGAGGAAGCCAUCAAGGACGAUGACCAGGAAAAUGCCAGUGUUAAGCAUGAAGCGGAGAAAGUGCAGUCGAUAUUCUUGGAAACCGAGAUCCCGCAGCAGUCUCGUGUACUCGUCGCUGACUUCGCAGAAGACAGGCCCGACAGGCCCGCGCCCACCAAGCACUCGCCGAUGGUGGUGAGUGGGAAGAUGACACUCUCGCUGAUACAGGACGCACCGCGAGAGACACCUGACAGGGAUCUAGAAUCGACUGUAGAUGACUUCACCACAGCGAGUGCAUUGACGCAGAAUGCUGAGAAAGAAGACGAAUCAGAAGAGGAGAUCGAGGAAGAGAUAGAAGUAGAAGAGAUUGAGGAAGAAGUAGAAGAGAUUGAAGAAGAAGAAGAAGAAGAGGAAGAUGAUGCGAAGAAGGUCAAGAAGACAGAGUGAAGUACUGAUAGAUUUAUAAUCGGGGUUAAUGGCGGUUGUGUUCUGUGACUAUUGUAGAGGGAUGGCCUAGUAUGGACAUUAUUGUAACAUUUAUAAAAGAAAUGAGUGGCAAGUUCCUCAAAGUUGGGACUUGGAUUGUCUGACAUAAAAAUAAAAGUGAGAUUUAUCCAAAUAAUAGCCUAAUGGAUAUUGGAUUUACUACCAAUGCAUUACGGCAGAAUAUGAGUCUGGCCAUCUUGCCAAUCCUAAAACUCGAAAUGUCAAAAUGAUUACAGGGAAACAACAUAA